AUGACAAAUGCCAAUGCUUCGGGCAAUGACGACGAUGAACCUGCCAUCCUCGAAGCAGAGGUAGAAAUCCCCAGCGGCUACGUGCCGGGAGAUUCGUUCUGGAUCGAGGUGAAUGGCCGGGCGAUAGAAGUCGUCGUCCCAGAGGGAUGCGCGGAAGGAAGCGUCCUCACGAUUGAGGUGCCCUCAGUCAGCGAGUUGGCGUUUUCUGAGUCCGAGCGAGUGGGCCUGGAGUCCUCCGAGCCGUCACAAACGCUGCAGUCACCGACAGAGCUUGUCGAGGUCGAGGUGGCGGUUCCUUCGCAGAGCAAAGUCGGCGACACAUUCGCGAUCGAGGUUCAUGGCAAGCUUUACUCCGUCCAAGUUCCGGAAGACACCGGGCCAGGUGAACUUUUCAAGGUCGCCGUGGCCUCUGAGAAACCAGGGCCGGCCAAAGAAGAACCGGGAGAUGUGGACAUCAUGGUCCCGGAUGGUGUCAAGGCAGGAGACCUCCUCAACCUGGAGCUCGAAGGGCGGCAGCUCCAAGUAGCAGUCCCACAUCAUUGUGGCCCGGGAUCCCUCCUGCGACUGAGGGCCCCUGCGCAGGGAUCGCGCCACACAUCCUCCGUAUCUUCCAGCGGUACGUCCAAAGUGGAGGUGGCGAUCCCCACGGGAUGCAAGCCUGGGGAUAGCUUCUUCGUCAACAUCGGCGGCCAAGAUGUCCUCGCCACGGUUCCGCCGGAUGCAGAGCCUGGGGAUACAGUGACCUUGCAGCUUCCAAAGGCCGAGCGGCCGGAUGGAGCAGAGCCGGCGUCACCCCUGGUGGACAAGCUCCAAGAGGCCGAUUCCUCUUUCGGAUGCUGA